GCCCCGCUUAGCUCCGUACGCACUUCGGACUUCUGAAGUAAUAUUUUCUCCGCGAUUGGAGCUUGCAAGGAAGCAACGUCGGGAUUGCAGAUCACUGCGUUGAAGGAAACGCUCUCCGCUUCCCCUCCCUGCGUUGAAGGAAACGCAACGUCUCCUGUCCUCCUCCCUGCGUUGAAGGAAACGGUCUCCAGCACGAUUCUGUCGUCGUCGUCUGUCUCUUGUUUCGACUUCGUUGUCUUUGAUCUCUUUUGAUCUCUUCGAUCUGAGGAGCAUUUAGGGUUAGGUUUUGGGGAUUUGGGUGGGGAAAGAACUAGAUGGCGCGGAACCGUUCAUCUUCGUCCUAUGGGUGUUGGCGGUUCCUGCGGCCGUCGUACUACCUGAAGCGACCGGAACGGCUGGGGCUUGCAGUGGUUGCUUUCGUAAUCGUGAGCUUCGCCGUAUGGGACCGUCAGAACCUUCUCCGAGAGCACGAUGAUGAAAUUUAUAAACUUAAGGAAGAACUUGACAUCUUGAAAGACAAGCUGCAAAGAUUAGGGCAAUCUGUUGACUCUGGUGAUGGUAAAUUAAUAAAUGAAAAUUUAGUUACUUCUGACCCUAUUGACAAUGAACGUCUUGAAAAAGUUAAAGAGGCUAUGCUUCAUGCAUGGAAUUCCUAUGAGAAGUAUGCGUGGGGUGAAGAUGAACUUCAGCCACAAUCAAAGAAUGGUGUGAACUCCUUUGGGGGCCUUGGAGCAACGAUUGUGGACUCCCUCGAUACUUUGUACAUAAUGGGCCUAAAGGAUCAAUUCCAAAAGGCCAGAGAAUGGAUUGCUAAUUCCUUGGAUUUUAACAAGAACUAUGAAGCAAGUGUAUUUGAGACGACCAUAAGAGUUGUUGGUGGGCUACUUAGUGCUUAUGAUCUCUCUGGGGAUUCAAUAUUUCUUGAGAAGGCGAGAGAUAUUGGCGACAGGUUGCUUCCUGCAUGGAAUACUCCAACGGGAAUUCCUUACAACCGAAUUAAUUUAGCUCAUGGGAAUCCUCAUAAUUUUGGAUGGGCAGGGGGAGAUAGUAUCCUUGCAGACUCUGGAACUGAACAACUUGAAUUCAUAGUUUUAUCUCAGAGGUCCGGAGACCCAAAAUACCAACAGAAGGUAGAAAAUGUAAUAUCUCAAUUUCAGAAGACCUUUCCGAGUGACGGUCUACUUUCCAUCUACAUAAGUCCUCAUUCUGGGACAUCUUCACGCUCACAAAUAACUUUUGGUGCGAUGGGUGAUAGCUUCUACGAAUAUCUUCUUAAAGCUUGGGUGCAGGGCAAUAAAACUGCGAGUGUAAAGCAUUACAGAGAAAUGUGGGAGACAUCCAUGAAAGGACUGCAAAGUCUGGUUCGUAAAAGCAAACCAUCUUCCUUCACUUAUAUCUGUGAGAAGAAUGGUGACUAUCUGUCUGACAAGAUGGAUGAACUGGCAUGCUUUGCUCCAGGAAUGUUGGCUUUAGGUUCUUCUGGCUAUGACUCUGAAAAUGCUAAAAAAAUUUUAUCACUUGCCGAAGAGCUUGCUUGGACUUGUUACAAUUUCUACCAAACAACUCCCACAAAAUUGGCUGGAGAAAACUACUUCUUCCAUGAAGGACAGGAUAUGCAUGUUGGAACUUCAUGGAACAUAUUGAGACCAGAAACCAUCGAAUCAUUAAUGUAUCUCUGGCGCAUUACUGGGAAUAAAACAUACAAGGAAUGGGGUUGGAAUAUCUUCCAAGCUUUUGAGAAGAAUUCUCGCAUUGAUUCUGGCUAUGUUGGACUGAAGGAUGUAAAUACCGGAACUAAGGAUAACAUGAUGCAGAGCUUCUUUCUCGCUGAAACUCUGAAGUAUCUCUAUCUCCUUUUCUCACCGCCAUCUGUCAUCUCCUUGGAUGAGUGGGUUUUCAACACAGAAGCUCAUCCUCUAAGAAUUGUUACUCGAAAUGGUGAAGGUGAAAAGACAACAACAACUUCAAUUGCGCAGUCUACCCCAAAUCCUCCGAAUAAAUUCUUUGGAAGGAAGCAGGGAGGAGCAUAACUUUGCCUAAAAAGUCUUCAAAAUUUUUGAUAGAUUUUAGUGUUUAGUUUUAUGAGCUUCAUCGCGAUUGAUUAAUAGGGCCCUGUUGUGAUAACUGUGAUGUUUAAAGCUGUUAUAUUUAUAAGGCCAUUUCAGAUGUUCUUCCUAUGCUGUUUACAUUCAGAUAUCAUAUUAUUUUACAUAGAACAAUGUGAGCCUGACUAUUGGAAAUAAAUUGUGUUUUGAUUUA